ACAACAGUGUAAAAAAUUGUUUUUUCGUAAAAAAAGCUUCGGACGGGAAAGGACUGUCGCUCGCCGUCGCAAAAAAAAAUAAAUUUCUCAAAAAAAGCUAAAAAACAAAAUAAAAAGAAAACAUUUCAGUUUGAAUCUGUUUGCCGUUUGCCGUUUACCGUUAAGCGUUCAACCGCGUGAGUGCUUGUGAUUUUUGCGGCAAAUCUGCCAUUAAUCGAAAGUAUUUUGGGAGUUUUUGGGAUCUGGUACUACAACACUUAAGAACAACCAGAAGAAGAAGAAGAAGAACAGCCCGGAAAAUUCAAAAAAACGCAAAUCAAAAGUGCAAUAAAAAGAAGGAAGUUGCUGACAGCUGAAGAUCUAUCUUAUAGCUACAACAGCAUCAUAUACAACAACAACAACAAAUCCAACCCAACAUCCCCCACAACAACAUUAAAACACAAAAAAUAUCCAAAAAGUAAACAAUUAAUAGAAGAGAGAAGAAAGUCUUCGGAAGAAGAGAGAGAGAAAUAAAUCGCGCGCGUUUAAAGCGUUCUUCUAAAAAAUCCCCCCCUCGAUUCGAAUUCGAAUAUCGGCGCGUUUUCGUCGCGUUUUUUUUAGCCAUUUUGAGCUAAAAUUUCAAUUUUGAAAUAUAUAUUUCUCGCGCACCACUGGGCUCAGGCCACAAAAAACCGCCAAAAUUCUACACCAACAAACUUUAAUCAGCCCCGAGAUUUCGCUGCAGUUCGCAACGGCGGCCACAAUGCCCUAUAACGGAGCCAGCAACGGUAGCGGGGGCGGUGGCGCCACUGGCGGCGGAGGAGGGGCCACCAUAGUCGUCACCGAGGGGCCGCAAAAUAAAAAGAUACGCACCGGUGUCCAGCAGCCAGGCGAGAAUGAUGUGCACAUGCAUGCUAGGUCCACACAACAACAGAACCAGCAGCAAGCACUUAUGAACAAGUCAAAUGACGACCUACGGAGAAAGCGUCCCGAGACUACACGGCCAAAUCACAUUCUACUCUUCACCAUCAUAAAUCCCUUCUAUCCCAUCACAGUUGAUGUCUUGCACAAAAUCUGUCAUCCACAUGGACAAGUUCUGCGUAUCGUCAUAUUCAAAAAGAACGGCGUUCAGGCCAUGGUCGAGUUCGAUAAUCUGGAUGCCGCCACAAGAGCGCGCGAGAAUCUGAAUGGCGCCGACAUCUAUGCCGGUUGCUGCACUUUAAAAAUUGAUUAUGCCAAGCCAGAGAAAUUGAACGUGUACAAGAAUGAGCCAGAUACCAGCUGGGACUACACGCUGAGCACAGGUGAGAUUCUACCAAUUAAGGAGAUUGGAAAUGGCCGCUCGCCAUUACUGCAGGAGCCACUAUACGGUACACGACCUCAGCCCUACAGUAAGUCGCUGUUUUCUAUACCCGAAAAUGUUGUUAUGCUUGAGAGCCAGCCACCGCUAUUGGGACCAGGCGCCGCCUUCCCACCAUUCGGAGCCCCCGAAUACCAUCCCACCACGCCGGAGAACUGGAAGGGAGCCGCUAUCCAUCCGACUGGCCUCAUGAAGGAACCCGCCGGUGUGGUUGCCGGACGCAAUGCCCCCGUGGCCUUCACCCAGCAAGGACAGGCUCAGGGCGCCGUCAUGAUGGUCUAUGGACUGGACCACGAUACUUCCAACACGGACAAACUCUUCAAUUUGGUGUGCCUGUACGGCAAUGUGGCACGGAUUAAGUUCUUGAAGACCAAAGAGGGCACCGCCAUGGUGCAAAUGGGCGAUUCGGUGGCCGUUGAGCGUUGCGUACAACAUUUGAACAACAUUCCCGUAGGCACUGGCGGUAAAAUACAGAUCGCAUUCUCGAAGCAGAACUUCCUAUCGGAGGUCAUCAAUCCGUUCUUGCUGCCCGAUCAUUCACCCAGCUUCAAGGAGUACACCGGCUCCAAGAACAAUCGUUUCCUAUCGCCAGCCCAGGCCAGCAAGAAUCGUAUUCAACCACCGAGCAAGAUUUUGCACUUCUUCAACACACCGCCCGGCUUGACCGAGGACCAACUGAUUGGCAUCUUCAACAUUAAGGAUGUCCCAGCCACUUCGGUGCGCUUGUUCCCAUUGAAGACAGAGCGCUCAUCAUCGGGACUGAUCGAGUUCCCCAACAUCUCGCAGGCAGUGUUGGCCAUUAUGAAGUGCAACCAUCUGCCGAUUGAGGGUAAAGGCACCAAAUUCCCAUUCAUUAUGAAGCUGUGCUUCUCGUCCUCGAAGAGCAUGAACGGCGCCUGGAACAAUGCGACUAGCGAGGGUAUGAUCGAGAAGGAGAACGAGGUCGAGCCGAAGGUGGAAAUUUAUAAUUGAGAUUUGAUUACGAUUGUGAAAAAGAAGAUGGGCAUACGGAAUACGGAAAAGACAACCAACAACAGGAACUGCAAGUAGCGACAGAGAACAAGAUGACAACAUUUAACACUCAACCUGGAGCUACAGCAACAAAUCAACAAACAAACACAACAUGAUUGCUUACACAUUCGAAAUUCAAACUAAAAACAAAACAAGAAUAUCUAUAAGCAAGAAUAAUGAAAUCGGGAGAAGAAAUGCUGCAGCAGAAUGCAAAAUACUGAUGACUUCAACAAGAUACUUGAAUUGAUUGAGAAAUUCACUUACAAAUCAAUUACAAUUACAAUUCAUUGAAGACAGGGGAACUACAAACCCACUAUAUCGCAAACGCAUGUAACUUUUCUACGAGCCAUUUGCAUAGAUUUACUGAAUUCAUAAUUAAUCAAUUCAGAUAAUUAGUAUGACAGCCUAUGUACGAUAUGGCCUCGUUUAAAAGCCACACAGGAUUAACACUUGACUUGCACAUAACAUUACAUUACAUGCGUUUGCGUGGCAACAACAAAAAAAAGAAUAUACGAAAUUAAUACAAAUAAAAUAAAAUUGUUAUUGUUACAAUGGAAGAUUAGGACUUUCUCACACAACAACAAGAAAACAUCGGAUUGAAUUCCAACCAAUUGUAAACUAUGUAAUGUUUAAUUGAUACAAAACAAACAUUUAAACCAAAAAAAUAAUAAAAAUAAAAAAAAAAAAACUAAAAAACUAAAAUGAUUGUAACUUUAAACAGAACCUAAAAAUGAAAAUGUUAAAAGGAAGUAAUUAUCUACCUGCCUCUGUUUUUUAGCCCCCCACCCCAUAUAAAAUACUACCCUUAUUCCUUUUCUGAUCCCCAAUCUCCCCAACCUUCAGCAGACUUAUGUAUAGUUAAUGUAAUAUGAUUUGAAUUCGAAUACUAAAAAAUAUAUUAAUGAAAAACAAAAAAUGGGGAAAAUAAAGAAACAUUUCUUUGGACAAUAUUUCGAAAAGUAUUCGGGCGUGAGAAAAAGUCUUAACAAAAACAAAAAUAUAUUCAGAGGAUAAUGUUUGUGUAAAUUAAAACCAAAAAUUUAGCAAUUUUAAAUGAAAUUUAUUAAUUUUAGUUGGUUUUAAAUUUUUUACUUUAACAUAAAAGAUAUAUUAAUGAGAUGGUAAUAACGACUUGCACAAGCCAAUGUUUUUACUAUUAACAAAAUCAGAAAAGACAAGACGAUAACAUACUUUUUGUGCUUAAUUUACAAAGUUUAAAAAAGGCAUAAAAUAAUAUGUAUGAGCUGUAUUUGUAUUUACAUUUAAAUUAAUUUUAAUUUACACUAAAUGUAAAAAGCAAGUAACUAAAAAACAAAAACAAAAAACAAAAUAAUGCAAGCUAAGGCAGACAAAAGAUUUAACAUACAUGAUUUAGUUAAGGGAAAUUCAGAAAA